AUGGAUAUAGCGAAUGGGUAUCGGGAGACUCCCAUUGGAGCUUCUGGUGAAUUACGUUGUUGGUCGCCAACAGGGGGCCUCAGACUCAAUAUGCGGGCUUGGAAAACUGGUGUAUGCGAUAAACGGUGCCCAUGCAAGGAACAUUCUCCGGCGUUCUCAGCUGGCCAACCCAAGCUCUCCUUCUUUGCGAAUGCUCUCGUCAUCGAAAACCCCCGCCUCCAUCUAUCAUACCUUCCUCCCGACAUUCCCGUCACAGUCCGACUCCCGGAGGAGAGCCAGUCGCUCGCCGAAUCUAUGCUUUUAGUGAAAAGCAAGGCCGGCUGGGUGCACUGA